GCUGCUCAUCAGCGCUGAGCAGCUGAUGCGUCCUUUGGUCAGAGUAGACAAACAGCUUGCUGUUGCUCUGCUGCACUUUUGCCGCUGCGCAGCUCACUCACUUUAUAAAGAGCAAAGCAGAGAAAAAGUGAGUCUGAUUGUGAUAUUUUGUUUGUUCCGCCAUGGUGAAACAACGACGCGUCAGAGCGCAUUCCUCUUGCGCACCUGUCGCGCCUUUUUGUCGCAGAAGAGGAUCUCUAAAGACUCUCACGGAGCCUGCCAUCUUUGCCAAUGAGACCAGCUGUGACUGUCGCGCGCCUCAUGAGAAGCUCACCAUUGCUCAGGCCUGCAAAGGCACCCCAGUGGACCGGCCAGUCAGAGUCUACGCAGAUGGCAUCUUUGACCUAUUCCACUCUGGACACGCUCGUGCUCUCAUGCAGGCCAAGAAUCUCUUUCCAAACACCUACCUCAUAGUAGGAGUGUGCAGUGAUGAACUAACCCACAAGUACAAGGGCUUCACGGUCAUGACGGAGCACGAACGUUACGAGGCGCUGAGACACUGCCGCUAUGUCGAUGAGGUCUUGAGAGAUGCACCCUGGACUCUCACGCCUGAGUUCCUUGAGAAACACAAGAUCGAUUUUGUGGCUCAUGAUGAUAUUCCAUACUCCUCAGCAGGAAGUGAGGACGUUUACAAACACAUCAAGGAGGCAGGGAUGUUUGUACCCACGCAACGCACAGAAGGAAUCUCCACCUCUGACCUGAUUACGAGAAUUGUCAGAGACUAUGACGUCUACGCCCGACGCAACCUUCAACGUGGCUACACGGCCAAGGAGCUUAAUGUCAGCUACAUCAAUGAGAAGAAGUACCGGCUACAGAACCAAGUGGAUCGGAUGAAGGAGAAAGUUCGCACAGUUGAGGAAAAGAGCAAGCAUUUUGUUUACCGCGUGGAGGAGAAGAGUCACGACCUCAUUCAGAAAUGGGAAGAAAAAUCCAGAGAAUUCAUCGGAAACUUCCUAGAAUUAUUUGGACCUGAUGGGACAUGGAAACAAGUGUUUCAGGAGCGCAGUGGUCGAAUGCUCUCCUACGCUCUGUCUCCCAGAGAGUCGCCCAGCAAUAGCCCUCCCCGCGAACUUUCCCCCCUGCGCUCACCCUCUCCCCCGUCUCCCCCCGCCCGCUGGCACAACGCGCGGCCCUCGCCCCCCACCUCCCCAAAAGGAGCGUCUGCCUCUAUAAGCAGCAUGAGCGAAGGGGAUGAAGACGAGAAGUAGACGGUCACACCAACCCGCGCACGCGCACACUCACACGCAACACACCUCACUCACAAACACAUGCACACACUCCUCCAAACACUGGCUGACAAACUGAAAAACAGUUACCCUCAAGGAUGUUGCAAAUAUGCAAUGCAGACGGUGAUCAUGGGGAAUCUGAGCUGCAGAGCUAAGAAGCCAUCACUGUCUCUGUUGUUUCUGGGCAACCAAGCAGACAGGAGGAAGAGGAAGGAAGAAGAUGAGGACACAGUGUCAGAUUUUGUAAGGACAGAAAUCCCGUGCAGCAUCUUUGACUGUCCAGCACUGAUAGAGACUGUCAAACAGCUUGCUUAUAAUAUCAUCAGUUUUGUUUUUUUGUCUUAUUAUGUGAGAUUAUCAUUUUCUCUUCACGAUGCCUAGUUUUCUUGUAACCGGUGUGAUAGCUAUGCGUGAGUAGGCACAGACUUACAGAAACACCUCGUCUUACAUUCAGUUCUACAUAUCGUCUACACUGAAACUGGUUUCAUUCAUUUUGUGUAAUUUUGUGCUAGUUAAACAGAAUUUAAACGACAGACCCCUGCGAACCCUAAGAGUAGCUGAGGCGAUGCUUGGAUAACGCACGGCCUUUGCUGUUUUAGACCGUGUUCACAAAAACGAUCACAUUGAAAUUCACUAAUCACAAGUUACUUCUAAGAUAUUCAUAUGAAAUUCUCUGCAGGAGCCCAGAAGAAGAACGUAUAUUGUCAAGUUUCUGAAAUGCAGAUGAUAUGUGCAAAAAAUCCUAAGCAAAACCCAUCAAGAUACAGAAAAAAAGACAUAAACACAACUUUUAAAGAUCACAUUUUUGGGGGGUUUUUUGCUGAUUGUAAAAGAGACACAAAAUCCAAUCCUUGAGGCUUCAUGCAACAAAUAGUUUGAUGAAAUAGAAAAAAUAGAGCCUUUGUUUAUUAACCUCUUGAAUGUAAAUUGCAUUUUUUAGACUCCACAAAGAGGUAAUGUUAUCACUCUCACAUCUAGCCAUAUAAAAGGUUGCGUCUCACCUGUUAAAGGAAGCACUUGUGGAUUUUCACCAUUAAAAAAAAAAGCCAUGUCAUUUUUUAAGUCUUUUUUCAUGUUUAGCAGAGAUUUCUUUGGCUCUUUGGGAUCUGAUGUCAGCCGUCCACAAAAACCUGACAAACUCUGACGAUACUUGAAAUAUCUCAAAAAUAUUAAAGCUCAGCGGGUGAAUCGUCAGGCUUGAACAUAGCGCUGUUCUCGCUGCGAUGAUUAGAAAUGUACGUUGCUCACAUCUGAGCAGACCUCUCUUCCACCCCAACAACACAGUAAGUACCCUAUAAUGCAACGUAGAGAUCUUAAUGUCCUGUACGCACUACAUGUUAAUCUGCACUAUAUGAACAAAAUUUGGGAAUGUGUGUCUUUUUUUUAUUAUUUAUUUUAAUGUUCAAAUGAAUCAAAAUGUGAAUAAAAGAAAAAAAAAUGUAUAACAGAAUAUGAAGCAGACUUUUAGACUUUUUAAUUGACGCUAAAAAGUUAAAGGUCAAUAGAGACUGGGGGGGGAAUGACUUUAGUUCAAUAGCUGACUCAACUUUGUGCAAAUAAAGAGUUGAAUUAG